AUGGAUAUUAAUGUACCAGCUCCCCAUAUACAAUUCGUACAUGCUUUGGCAAAGCCAAUCGUUUAUCCUCCAGAAAGAAAAAUUCAAGAUAACAUUACUUACAGAAUGUUUAUUAACAUUUGUUAUUACCUGCCUCCUUCUGACUUACUCAUGUUAUCUUGUGUAUGUAAGCAUUUUACUAAUAUGCUUAAUGAACAAUUAUUUCCGACCUCUUCUGAAAUUUGGAAAUCUUCUCGAGAAAGAUUCACCUUUUUCAAAAAUAUAAAAUGUCCACCUGGAAUGACCGAAUUUCACUUGACAAAGUUAUUGAAUUUUGCAAAUGGUUGUCAAAUGUGCAAAAAUAAAAAUGUUACUGUUACCAUAUUCUGGAUUGCACGCGUUCGUGCGUGUGACAAGUGUAUUUUGACAAAAGCUAAAAGUCGAAAUUUUCUUUUGAAAGGAAAUUAUAAUAUUACUAAUGAAACCCUUAGCAUUAUUCCACCUCUUGUCCCAUGUCCUGAUGAUAAAAUAGAUUUAAACUUUUAUUGGAUUCCACAUGUCAUUUCAGCGAAAUAUAAAAGUACAACAUUCGUCAAUAAAGAUGAAUACGACAAAUGGAUUAGUGAUAUGAAGGAUGAAAGUUUUCGUCAACAACAAGAAGCACUUAGGUAUCAUAAUUUAAUUUUAAAUGAAUGGAAUGAUCGAAUAAUAUAUCAAGAAAUGAUGCUUAGAUCUAUUAUUCGAGAUGUUUAUAGUGAAGAUGGUGUGGAAACUUUACGUCAAAUUCCAUUACUUGUAAAUUUAAGGAGAACUCUUAGGUCAAAUCCUUUUGUUAUACCUAAUUGGGAAAGUUAUCAUCAACAAUUGAAGGAUUAUUUGGCUGUACCUGGAAAUAACCCUUUAUCAAUAACUAAUAAUACAAGCUAA